UUGGAGUAGGCCAACUAUAUGCAGACCCACUUCUGUUUUGUUCCGUUCUAGAGAAAAGUCUUUGGGAAAUGUUGCUAUCUCUUGUUCGUUUAACUUAGUUUGUGAUUGAAAUAUUAUCAGAAAUUAUUUCAUUGGAGGAAUAACAACCGCAAUGUCUAGCAAUGAGGCUAUGGAAUGGAACAGCAGUGAUAAUGCAGGGCGCGAAAGGGAUUUGCCAUAUCGGGUCCCAGGACAUGAUUCAGGGAUAGCCAAGAUAAAGUUAGUAGUGGAGGGUGCCGUUUUUACAGAAGAGAGAGAUUUUCUGGUCGAGAGCUGCGAGUAUUUCCAAGCUCUCUACCGUUCGGGGAUGAAAGAAUGCCGGCAGGAGGAAAUCCACUUGAAGGGUCUGUGUGCUCGAGGAUUCUUGAUAGCACUGGUGGUUUUACGAGGCGAGAGACCUAUCCUGGAUGCUGAUGAAAUCGUGGAGGCCAUAGAAUGCGCUGCCUUCCUGCAGGUGGAGUCUCUUGCCAAACAUCUCAUGGACCUCAUCGACUCUGAUAACUGUUUGCUAAUGUAUCACACCGCAGCAACCUUUGGCUUAAUGGCCCUCUACCAUGCUGCUGCACUGUUUAUCCGGAACAUGUACCACGACUUAGAGGUCGAAGUCAGGAAAAGCUUACCGACGGAGCUUGUUGCGUAUAUAGAGUCACUGGUUCCUAGCACGUUUGUAGCAGUUGGAGCCCACUCGACUUGUGGUGUGGAUGAAACCAUCCACGCUGGCAACAGGACUUUGUGCUACCUGGACGAUGAUGGGAAAACCUGGAAGGUCCUCACAGACCUACCCCCAGAGGCCAGUACCUCUAUGGCCGGUGUGACCGUUCUGGACAACAAGCUGUAUGUCGUGGGAGGGAUACAGGUGCGGGGUGCCCGCAAGUACGCUGUGGACUCCUGCUUCUGCUACAGUGUGGAGGCUGACCAGUGGACCAUGAUAGCCAGUCCAAAACAGUUGCGGUACAACUUCUCUCUCGUGGGACUGGAUGGAUGUCUUUAUGCUAUUGGGGGUGAGUACGAGCGAACAAUCAUGUCAUCAGUGGAAACUUACGAAGUUGUGACCGGAAGGUGGUCAUUUGUGGCACAUUUGCCUCAACCAGUCGCCGGAGCAGCGUGUACCAAGGGCAUGGGCCGGAUAUUUGUGUGCUUGUGGAAACCAAUGGAGACCACUGAAAUCUAUGAAUACCUGCCCAGGAAAGACCAGUGGUUGCUUGUCAGCACUCUGAUAAGGCAUCAGAGCUACGGCCACGCCAUGGUGGCUCACCGGGAUAACCUGUACGUCAUGCGUAACGGGCCACAAGAUGACUUCCUGAGAUGCAUGAUGGACUGCUACAACCUCACCACAGGCCAGUGGACAGCCUUGCCAGGGCACUUUGCCAACAGCAAAGGCUCCCUGUUCACAGCCGUGGUGAGAGGCGACUCGGCUUACACGCUGAACCGAACCAUGACUUUGGAGUACGCUAUCGAGGGGAAAACUUGGAAGCCCAGGAACCAGAUGAAGGGUUUCCCAAGAAGUGGCUCCCUGUGGACAUUUUUUCUUAGGCUGCCCAAGGGACGUAGAUGCUCCAUAUUGAAUGGCAUCCAUGAUGGAUAUGGACAAUGUUGAGAGAAAAGAGAACCCUGAUCAGGUCUGAGAAAUUCCCUUGAGAAGAUGAGGUAGAUGGGAUCUGAUCAGAUCUGAGAAAUUCCCUUGAGAAGAUGAGGUAGAUGGGAUCUUAGAGGCGAUAAUUAACUGCCAGCUGAGCAAACCAGCGAAGGGAUGAAUAUAGUCUCAAAGAGUAUGACUUUGAAAAACCAAAUUUAACAUGGCCUCAAUGAAAGGACCUACUACUGAGAUAGAUUCAGAUAUAUUUGGCCUUUCAUGUGGAUUUGUGUGACAGUUCCUUGAAAGUGUGAAUUACAAUAAUAAUUUGGUGGCUGCUUAUAUUUGUCCUAUUUCACACAUGUACAAGUGUGUUUUAUAUGCAUGUGUGAAU